AUGACCCCUCGGAAAAAUCGGCCGUCUCUGCCGACCAGCAAUGCCGACUUGCAACCCCACCCUGUUACGGAAGAGGAAAUUAUAGCACAACUUCGUGUGGAUUUCGCAGAGGAGAUUGAAGAAAGCACUGUUCGAAACGACGGCGAGUGCAUCUUUGAUGAUCAUUACAUAGGACGCUUUGUAAAGGCACGAAAAUGCGUCUAUCAGAAUGCCAAGAAAAUGUUUGGAAAUCACUUGCAGUGGCGUAAGGAGUUCGGAACGGAUGAUUUACGGCUAAACGGUUUUGACUUCCCGGAGUACGAGGAGGCUAAGCGGUUGUAUCCCCAUGGCUAUCAUGGAACGGACAAACAGAAUCGACCAGUGUACAUCGAGAGGACGGGCAUGGUAGAUGCUGGGGAGCUGAUGAAGAUAACCACAUUCGAUCGGUUGCUGCGGUAUUGGGUCCAAGAAUACGAAGAGUUGAUUGAGUACAGACUGCCAGCGUGCGGUGUGGACAAGACUUGUACUAUUAUCGACCUCAAAGGGCUGGGGUUGAAACAAUUUACUCCUCAAGUAAAGAACAUGAUGCAGGUGAUGCUAAGGGUUGCCAACGAUAACUAUCCAGAAGUGCUCGGAACUAUGUUCGUUGUGAACGCACCUUUUAUCUUCACAGCAAUAUGGAAGGUGGUGAGCCCGAUGGUGGAUCCAAUAACGAGGUCGAAAAUUGUCGUUCUGGGAUCUAAUUAUAAGCCGACGCUUCACAGUGUCGUCGAUCCUGAUCAGCUGCCGGACUUUUUAGGAGGCACAUGUAUAGCCUGUUCUGGCGUCAGAGGAGGUUGUAUGUAUAGUAAUAUGGGGCCUUGGCUGGCGUAUGAGGAUAAAAUGAAGGAGGAGAGGCGCUUGAGGCACGCUGGAGGAGGAUCGCCUAAGUACGGCGCAUCCAUAAGGGCUUCCACGACGAGGAGUCCCUCAGGAGUGUCCGAUGAUUUUGUCAGUCUAGUCUCGAGCGACGAGAAUAGGGAUUUCGUAUCUUGCUGUUCAUUCACUCCGAUGUCUCGCAAAGUAUCAGAUGACGUUAUUGCGUAUGGAAGCACGGCGAAUUCGAAUUUGAAGACUCCCCCCUCAGCGUUUACAGAGUCGAUUCAGUCAUCUUCAGUGGCCGUGGAAGUCGGCACGACAUCUCACUUUGCUCGAGCUAGUGAUGAGGACAUGUUCAGUAGUGUUGCUGGCUCUGCCCUCGGUAACGGGCAGCAGCAGCAGCGCCUCACGCCUAAGAAGCCACACAUCGCGGAUGGCAUUGGAGCAGAGGGUCUGUCUCGAAAGAAAAAGAACAAGCGGAGAUCGGCUUCAGAAGUAGAAGACGACUCGCGGACUGAAUUUGAGACGGGUGGAUCGCCAGCAUCGGUUGACUUCUAUUCGGUGGGCUCCUUCACCAGCACUGAGUUCCAAUCGUGUGCAUCGUUCAGUGAUGAUGAGUAUGAGGAGGCGCGCUCGUCAGUAGGCAAGGGUGAACGGAAUAAAUCGGAAAAGAUGGUCUCCGAGGUUGGAUCGGAGAUCUCUACUGCGGAGGGGUCCUGCCACGAUUGGUCUGAUAAGCUCACUACACCAUUUGGAGAGAGGUGCAGCUUCCUAGCCUUUUGCUUCCCAAACAGUUGUAUGAGGGCCUCCGACAAUGAGGACUCCACAGAAUUGAAGGUCAACUGA